AUGGAGCAGCAGCCCGAGGAGGUGCACUACCCCAUGAAGGAGGAGAAGGACGACAUGCGGGUGAACGCUGGUCUCAAGGCUACGAUGAAGAGUGAGCGUUUCGCGACAGUCUCCGUUACCCCAAGGACACCGCAAACUGUGAUAGAAAAGGUCGUGCAAAAGUACGCUGUAGGCCUGCCUGAAGGCAAGCUGGUCAGGGCCGGCGACUAUGUCAUGAUACGGCCCCAGCACGUUAUGACCCACGACAACACAGGCCCAGUCAUCUCAAAGUUCAAGUCCAUCGGCGCGACACGCAUCAAAGACCCCCGCCAGCCCGUCUUCACCCUCGACCACGACGUGCAGAACAAAUCCCCCAAGAACCUCGCCAAGUACGCCGCCAUCGAGGCCUUUGCGCGCGCGCACGCCAUCGACUUCUACCCCGCCGGCCGCGGCAUCGGCCACCAGGUCCUCGUCGAGGAGGGCUACGCCUUCCCGCACACGCUCACCGUCGCCUCCGACAGCCACAGCAACAUGUACGGCGGCGUCGCCUGCGUCGGCACCCCCAUCGUGCGCACCGACGCCGCCGCCCUCUGGGCGACCGGCCAGACGUGGUGGCAGGUCCCCCGCAUGGUCAACGUCGAGCUUCGGGGCACGCUCGCCCCGGGCGUCACCGGCAAGGACGUGAUCGUCGCCCUCUGCGGGAGCUUCAACAAAGACGAGGUGCUCAACGCCGCGAUCGAGUUCACGGGCGAGGGCGUCGCCGCGCUCGCCGUCGACGACCGCCUCACGAUCGCGAACAUGACCACCGAGUGGGGCGCGCUCGCGGGCGUGUUCCCCGCCGACGCGGCGCUGCUGGACUGGUACGAGCGCGCGCUCGCGCGCAUGGAGCUGCGCACGUUCGCGUCCGCGCACUCGGGCAUCCCGCCCCCGCCCGAGCACCCGCGCAUCAACCGCGCGCGCCUCGACGCGCUCAAGGCGUCUCCCCUGUCCUCCGACCCCGGCGCGGCGUACGCCGCGCACCUGGUGUUCGACCUCUCGACGCUCGUCCCGCACGUCUCGGGCCCGAACAGCGUCAAGGUCUCCACGCCGCUGCCCGCGCUCGAGGCGCAGCACAUCCCGAUCAACAAGGCGUACCUCCUCUCGUGCACGAACGCGCGCGCGUCCGACAUCGCCGCCGCCGCGCAAGUCGUCAAGGGCCGCAAAGUCGCACCGGGAGUCGAGUUCUACGUCGCCGCGGCGAGCUCGGAGGUGCAGCGCGCGGCGGAGGCGAGCGGCGACUGGGACGCGCUCGUGCGCGCGGGCGCGAAGGUGCUGCCCAGCGGGUGCGGGCCGUGCAUCGGGCUGGGCACGGGGCUGCUGGAGGAGGGCGAGGUGGGGAUCAGCGCCACCAAUCGGAAUUAUAAGGGACGCAUGGGGAGCCCGAAGGCGCUGGCGUACCUCGCGAGCCCCGCGGUGGUCGCUGCGAGCGCGGUGAAGGGCUACAUCGCCGGCCCUGAGUCGGGCUCGCCGCCCCCAGCGAAGGCGCCGACGUUCUUCGCGGUGGCAGAUCCUGAUUCCGCCACGAGCAGCGCGGAGAGCAGUGCGCAGAGGGAGCCGCUCCUCCCGGGCUUCCCGCCGACGUUCGCGGGCGCGCUGCUCUUUGCGCCGCAGGACAACCUCAACACGGACGGGAUCUACCCGGGCAAAUACACCUACCAGGACGACAUCACGCUCGCGCGGCAGGCGGAGGUCGUCAUGGAGAACUACGACCCGUCCUUCGCGUCACUGGUUGCAUCCCUCGUGCACCCAUCCCAGUCGGAUCCCGGCAGGAAGGAGGGCGCGGUGCUCGUCGCGGGCUACAACUUUGGCACGGGCUCGUCGAGAGAACAGGCGGCGACGGCGCUCAAGGCCGCGGGCGUCCCGCUCGUGCUCGCGGGCUCGUUCGGGGAUAUAUUCAAGCGCAACGCGAUCAACAAUGGGUUGGUGUGCGUCGAGUGCCCGGAGCUCGUCGAGGACCUCACGCGCGCGUACGCGCGGGACGGGAAGCGCGGCGCGGGCGGGAAGGAUGGGGAGCUGACGGUGCAUAAGGGCAUGCAGGUGAGUGUCGGGAUGGAGGACGGGCGGGUGGUGGUGAGCGGUAUGGAGGGUGGGGAGAGGACGUAUAGAGUUAGGCCUGUCGGCCCGAGCGUGCAGGAGUUGUGGAUAUGUGGAGGGUUGGAGGGGUAUGUGUUGAAGUCGAUACAGAGGCAGUAG